UUCUCUCUUUCUUCUGCCUUCUCUCCUCCGUAUCCAUGGCGAUCUGAGAGACGGCCGCACUAGAUAUAACCAGAGUAGGCGAGAGACAGAGGGGGGGAGGGCGAGAGAGGACUGCAGUUUUCAGCUGAAAUCUAGGGCUUUUUUUUUUGAAACAAUGUCGCCUCUCGAUUCUCUCGAUGCAGUUCUCAUCUCUGCCAGCAGAGCCUUUUGCAGUCCCCUCGCCAUGUUCAUUCAGAUCCAGGCCUCUUUUUGUUUGCUAGAUAACGCGAAGGAAUGGAAGGAUGAAGCGGGAUUGUUACUCUACGUAGAAUUCUCCUAGUCACCUUAGUGGAUUUUAUGGAUAUUUUAUUUGCUUAACUCUUGCUGUUGGGUGGGCUUUUGCUGCCUAUGUCAGGAGGAGAGAGAUUAGACAGAUGGAAGAAAGUAUGAAAGGUGGCAAUAGCUUUGCAUUUCUUUAUCAUGAUAUUAAUGACCUCAAGCACUCCAAUCAGGUUAACUUGCCAAGAGUGUCUGUUGUAUUGCCGUUAAAAGGCUUUGGAGAGUACAAUCUGCAUAACUGGAGAAGUCAGAUCACAUCUCUCUAUGGUGGUCCCUUGGAAUUUCUUUUUGUGGUGGAAAGUACAGAAGACCCUGCUUACCAUGCUGUAAAUCGAUUACUAGCAGAAUAUAAGGAUGAUAUUGAUGCUAAAGUUAUUGUAGCUGGUCUGUCAACAACCUGUAGCCAAAAAAUUCACAAUCAGUUGGUUGGGGUGGAGAGGAUGCAUAAAGACAGCAAGUAUGUGUUGUUCCUUGACGAUGAUGUUAGGCUGCAUCCUGGAUCAAUUGGAGCCCUUGCUGCUGAGAUGGAAAAAACCCCUGAGAUUUUUAUUCAAACUGGAUACCCUCUUGAUUUGCCCUCUGGAAGCUUAGGAAGUUACUGCAUCUACGAAUAUCAUAUGCCUUGUUCAAUGGGGUUUGCUACUGGUGGGAAAACAUUUUUCUUGUGGGGAGGGUGCAUGAUGAUGCAUGCGGAUGAUUUUAGAAAUGACCAUCAUGCUUUGGUUUCGGACCUUCGAGAUGGGGGAUACUCUGAUGAUAUGACUCUUGCUGCUAUAGCUGGUGCUCAUAAGAGGCUUAUUACAUCACCACCUGUCGCUGUUUUCCCUCACCCCCUUGCCAGUGAUCUUAGUUUCUCAAGGUACUGGAAUUACUUGAGGAAGCAAACUUUUGUUCUUGAAUCAUACACCACGAAGGUUAACUGGAUAAUGAACCGUGCAUUAUUUUCUUCGCACUGCUACUUAUCAUGGGGAUUUGUAGCACCGUACUUUAUGGCUCUUGUUCAUGUUGCAGCAGCACUAAGAAUUCAUUGUAAAGGGCAUUCACUUGGGGAUGCAGCCCUUACUUCUUGUGGGUUGUUUCUAGCAUCUGGACUGGCUAUAUGCACUUUUAUAGAACUUCUGUCUAUGUGGAAUUUGACGAGGAUAGAAGUUCAACUAUGCAACAUGCUGUCUCCAGAAGCACCCCCACUCUCUCUUGCUUCUUAUAAUUGGUCACUCGUAUUUAUUGCAUUGCUGGUGGAUAAUUUUUUAUACCCCAUCUCUGCAAUGCGUUCACAUUUUUCUCAGUCUAUCAAUUGGUCUGGCAUCCGGUACCACUUGAAGGAUGGGAAGAUAAGCAAGAUCGAUAGAAGUAAGGAUAAAGGUCCAAAAUUUACGGACUUGGGAGGAAAACGUUUGUACGGGAAGAAGGGAGGUCAGCCGAAAGGCUCAUUCCUUGGUUUUUUCUCGAGAAGUUUACAGUGGCGCCAACCCAAGAAAUUCGAUGUUUAGGAAUGAAUGGGUUCAACAAACAAGAACUUGUGCUCGUUUCCUCCUCGAGGGGUCUGUACCUUUCAAUAGCUUCAGAUUAGACCAAAAAAGAAAAAAAGAAAAAAGACUCUUGGGGUGAUAGUUUUGUCUGCAAAAGUAGUUGGGCCAAUCCGUCCAUCCUUGAUUGAUCUAAAUGCUAUGAUUCAUUUCAUUUUUCAAUACCCGAUUCAAUCAAUUGAUUUCUUGAGCUUGAAUUGCUCCCAGUCAGAGGUUGCUUUGUAAUUUAUGUAGUUGUAAUUCUUGCGUUGAGGGAUUUAUAGAUUACAACCUCUAGUGUAAGAAAAUGAUUUGUGCAAUACUAUUCAUUAUUUCUUCAUGCCUCAUUUCAACUCUACUUUUUCUUUUUUG